UAAACAACGGCUUCGUUUCCGUGGACGCUGCAGACCGUGCAAAAGCAAGUUUGGAUUUGUUUUAUGUGAAUGGUUGAUCAUUUAACCAUCGCAUAAAUUAUACAACGGGCAUAGAAAAUGUUUUUUAAUUCAAUAAUUUUUUUAAGUUGAAACCAAAUGGCGCAGCUUGUGCUGCGUGCUGCUUUGCGUGGUCCUCCAUCGUGGUGCAACGCUUAUCAUAAUUUUACGACGUUUUCUAUUUAUCGCAAUCGUGGAUGCUAAAGAGUUUACGCCCGAGUACUUUAGAGAUAUAACGCAGUUAUAACGUGUUUAAUUGUCCUUUUAAUGAUGUUUUGUAUUUAAGUUGUUUUUAAUGACAAUUUUGUGCUUACAGUUUGAUGUGGAUCUGAGCUCGGUGAAAGCAUCAAGAUGGAAAUGAAAAUAGAGCAAGUGGUUGUUGGAAAUGAAAUGAAGUCCACUUCUGCAGAGACCAAAUCUGACUCUGUGGGUGGCCCGGAGUACUAUCACCAUGAGAGUCUGCAGUGUUUCCAUUGCCUGAUCACUUUCAGAGACCUCAAAUCCAAGGAGAGACACAUCAAAAGGAACCAUCGGGACGAGUACAAGCGUCAACUACAGCAGAAUAAUACGCUGUUCAUGUGCUACAAGUGCAACAGCUCUUUCUCCACGACUGCGGAGCUCAGCCAGCACCAACCUACACAUUUUACCGAAGAAAAGCCAUUUUCCUGCUCCCUCUGUCAGGAAAGAUUCGGCACGUUUACCGAGCUGAACCAACACAGACGGAAGGAUUGCGGGGAGCGGCGUUGUCUUUGCGUCGACUGCGGCGCCAGGUUCCCCGUUCCCUUUCGACUCCGCAAACAUCGCAUCGCAAUGCAUCCUGAGAAAGAGGCUGCAGCCGAAGAUGUCGACAUGUUUCAGUGCUGUAAAUGUGGUGUUGUGUUCCAGACGGAAGACGAGCUCCUGCAGCAUCAGGAGGAAACUGCUGACUGCGAUCUUGAGGAGUCACGAGGCAAAAAGCGGGCCUGUGAACCUACGCUUGCUUCCGAAGAGGUGAAAGUUGAUAAGAAAAUCAAGCAAGAAGACGUUGCAAAAGAACACAAGAACUCGACUUCGUCUGCGAAGUGUAAAAUUCCCUGUCCUGAAGACGAUUGUAAUUGGAUGUUUGCCACAGUUGAAGCCUUGCGAGCUCACAAAAAAGAACUGCAUCGCCCUCGUCCUCUGAAUGCUCCCAGCCCUGAAUACCCCUGCCUUACCUGCGGGAAGAGCUUUGCAAGAGAAAGUACUCUAAAGGCCCAUCAAAACUCGCAUAUUAAGACAGAGAAGGCUGUUGAAAAGACAUGAUGCAGGAGGAGAAAAUUUCCUCCUUUGGUGUCGUAUCAUCAUGCCAUUCAUGUUGCUUGGUGAAGAAUUUCAGCAUGAUAUUUUAGAAUAACUUUAUGAAGCAGAAUUGUGCACCACAUUGCCGAUUGUUUCAGGAAAGUUAUUUAUUUUUUCCUUUUAACCAGGGUUCGAACGGGUACUUGAAAUCCUUGAAAAUUCUUGAAUUUCAAUUAGGUGCAAGGUAGAGGAAUGUAUUAUAAGCCUGGUGGCCGGCCAGGCUUAUAAUAUAUUGGGGGAAACCCUGAGGCGUUUUCAAGGUUUGGAAA